AUGGCCAGUUCCACCGGAUUAAUCAAACAGAUAGCCACUGGGCGCAGAAAACCUGGCUUAACUCGUAAAGAGUUUUUUGAUCAUCGCUUCCAAAUUCAUGGCUCGAUCAAUGAUAUCAUCGACGACCAAAAUCAAAAACCGCAUAAGUACAUCCAAACGCAAGUCUUUGAUUCUGUUUACGGCCCACGCGGUGAUACCGGUAUUCUGAGGAAUGCGAAUCAGAUCUGGUGCGGGCGUGACGACACCACCGAGCUUUACUUUCGCGAUUGGGAUCAUGUCAAAGCAUGCUUUAAUAGCGAGCAUGUUAAGAACGUGAUAGCACCUGAUGGGUUCGAAUUUGCGGAUUUUGAGACCAGCAUAUCAUUGAUGGCAAGAGAAAAGAAGCUCAGCGUUUCGACUCGUCUCGCAUCUGAGCCAACGGCCCAGCCAGACUAUGCGACAGUAGCUAUGUAUUUCAUUUCUACUCCUGACAAUCAACCCAAUGGCCAUAUAGUAGAAGCACACAUCACGCCUCUGUUGAUCAAAGAGCUCGAGAAAUAUUGCCAAGACGAGGUGUGGGGUGCCUGUGCCAAUGUCGCAGAAGUCUCAGAACAUUUCGACUUACACGCAUAUUUUGGUGGAGCAGAUUUGCCACAAUACGCAGUGGUAUAUAAGAUAUACAUGAAGAAUCAAGCAUCUGUACCGUCGAUUAGGAUGGCCCAAAAGGAGUUCGAGGCUGUCGCCAGACAACACAUCGACACGGGUGUAUCUUUCCUUCUAUUCUCGAAGGAAGCUUUGAUUCUGGACAUAGAAAAUAAUACAGGUUUUUCACUUGACCGUCAGCCGGUGUUUGCAGAUCUACCCGAACCCAGCCAUCUAAAGUAG